AUGAUUUCUGAUAUACUUAUGCAAAUUAAGGGCCAGAAAUUAGUUUCUUCUCUGAUAAGUUUUUGGCUGAAUGAAACCAUUUCUCCUUCCCCUGUGAGUUCAACAGGAAAGGGUCCUUUAUUACUUAAUCAUAUUCUCCCUGUAUUCUGUGUGAGCCCUAAGAGUGUUUCUGCUGGAGUCUGUGGGGGUCAUCGAGUUCAGAUUGUGGUGUUCUGGGAAGAAGUGUUGAGGACCUUCUUAGACACAGAACUUCUAGUUGUGCCCACAUGCCUCUACCCGGAAACUGCACUUUAUCUGCAACUGUGCCUCUGGUCUUAG